CACAGCAAUUUCCUAUAUCAUUACCCGUUCCUGCUCCACUUUCUUUUCUUAUUAUCUGCUAAAUUCGCCUUUUUCUAGCACUGUAAUCGCUCGAAUAAGUUUUCAGAACUGCACGCAAAUUUGAGGAAAAAGAAAGCGAGAAUUAGGUCUUAUAGGUCAGGUUGUGGAGAAAUGAGGAGCACAAUGAUUGAUUUUGAGAAGACGGAGCUCCGCCUGGGGUUGCCCGGAGCCGGAGGAGGUGAAAAUGAAGGAGAAACAUCCAGAAAUAGUAGCGGGAAGAGAGGAUUCUCGGAAACUGUUGAUUUGAAAUUGAAUCUGAACUCUAACAGUUCUGAUGGAAAUCAAGUUGAGGAUAUGAAACAGAAGAAUAUAAUUCCGGCUUCCAGUGAUUCUGCUAAACCACCUACCAAGGCCCAAGUUGUGGGAUGGCCACCAGUUAGAUCGUUCAGGAAGAACAUCCUUGCCGUCCAAAAGGAUACCACUACCACCGAUGUCAACAAAUCAGGUGGCAGCCACAUGGCAUUUGUCAAAGUCAGCGUGGAUGGCGCACCUUACCUCCGUAAAGUGGACUUAAAAAUAUAUAAGAGCUACCAACAACUAUAUGAUGCCCUAAGCAAAAUGUUCAGCUCUUUCACCAUUGGUAAUUGUGGUUCUCAAGGACUAAAAGACUUUAUGAAUGAGAGCAAAUUGAUUGAUCUUUUGAAUGGUUCUGAUUGUGUACCUACUUAUGAAGACAAAGAUGGAGAUUGGAUGCUUGUUGGUGAUGUUCCGUGGGAGAUGUUUGUUGAUUCGUGCAAACGCAUACGUAUAAUGAAGGGUUCAGAAGCCAUCGGACUAGCACCAAGGACAGUUCAAAGGUGCAAGAACAGAUGCUGAAACCAUUUCCUGCAAAUCCUUCACCAUAGUUCCUAGCAUGAAUGGCUCGAUCGGAUGAUGGCUGGAUCGAGCGGGAGCAAGCCUUAUGAUUGAUUAUGUCUGUGGUUCUGUUUGACCAGUAUAUGUAUCUGUAUAAAUAUAUAUACACUUUUUUUAUUUAAGGAAAAAAAAUUGCAUAGUGGAAUCUAACUCGACCAUCUUUAGGUUGUUGUCCGCUACAGUCUUGUUGGAGUACUUUUUUUCUUUUUAGCAUGCAAUUGUGUUUAUUCUCCACAAAUUCGGUUUACCCCCACUUUAUAUUUUUAUGCAGAUUCUCAUCUUGUAUCAUGUCUCUUAUAAUUAAUUAAUGAACUGUAGAUUAUCAAGAAAA